UUGUUCAUCAAAGAGUGAAUAAAGAAAGAAAAGAGAGCGGUUUCUCCAAGGCUCCAACGGCGCGCAUUGUAUUUUGAGACCUGACCUUAGCCUUCCCUCUUUUUCCUUCAUUCUUAAUUUAGGUUUUUCUCUAUUGCUUUGAUUUGCGAUUCAUUUUUCAAUUUCUUCUUCUGCUGCUGCUGCUGCUGCUGCUGUGUUGAAUUACUGUUUUAACAGUAAAACUGUAGGAGAAGAGGAUAAUGAGCUGGAGAAGGGUAUUGAAGUCCGUGCAGGCCCUGGCUGCUCAUAGUCUUCUCUUCUUUUUCACCCUUUUGCUCGUAUUCAAGCUUGACCACGUCGUCUCCUACUCUUGGUGGUUGAUUUUCUUUCCUCUCUGGUUGUUCCAUGGAGUUAUUGCUCGAGGAAGAUUUUCAUUACCUGCUCCAUCAGUUCCACAUAAUCGUCAUUGGGCACCAUGCCACACAGUCGUAGCAACACCAUUGCUCAUUGCAUUUGAACUGCUUCUUUGUAUUUAUCUCGAGAGUAUUUACGUUCAUGGUGUUGCAGCUGUUAACUUGAAGGUUGUCUUUAUUCCAUUGUUGGCAUUUGAAAUAAUUAUUCUAAUUGACAAUUUCAGAAUGUGUAGGGCUCUAAUGCCAGGAGAAGAAGAAAGCAUGAGUGAUGAAGCAAUAUGGGAGACAUUACCUCAUUUCUGGGUUGCAAUAUCUAUGGUCUUCUUUGUGGCUGCUACAGUCUUUGCCCUUCUAAAGCUAUGUGGUGAUGUAGGUGCUCUAGGUUGGUGGGACUUGUUCAUAAAUUUUGGUAUUGCAGAGUGCUUUGCAUUUCUUGUUUGUACGAAAUGGUCAAAUCCAGUGAUUCAUCGAAAUUCUCAGACAAGAGAAGUUAGUUCCUCUUCUGCGACUAUUAGGUAUCUUGACUGGAACAGUGGCUUAGUAGUUUCCCCUGAGGAGAAUCAACUUCAGGAUAGAAUGUGUGGCCUUCAGGACAUUGGUGGCCAUAUUAUGAAAAUUCCAUUAAUUGGUUUUCAAUUUCUCCUUUGUAUGCGUUUAGAGGGAACACCUGCCGGUGCUAGAAACAUCCCACUUCCAAUACUCUUCUCUCCCCUUUUCCUACUUCAAGGUGUUGGUGUGCUAUUUGCUGCAUCCAAGUUAGUGGAGAAGCUUGUUCUUUUACUAAGAAAUGAACCCAGCACGGGAAUAUAUCUCAGAUAUUCUUCAAGAGCUCAUGACUGUUUGGGGUUCUUGCACCAUGGUUCUAGGCUACUGGGCUGGUGGUCAAUUGAUGAGGGAAGUCGAGAGGAGCAGGCCAGACUCUACCAGGAGGGAGCUUCUGGCUAUAACACUUUCUGUGGUUAUCCUCCUGAGAUAGUGAAGAAAAUGCCUAAAAAGGAUCUCGCCGAAGAGGUCUGGAAGCUUCAAGCUGCCCUUGGUGAACAGACAGAAAUCACCAAAUAUACCCAGCAGGAGUUUGAAAGACUUCAAAAUGAAAAAGUCUUAUGUAGGGUUUGCUUUGAGGGAGAGAUCAGUGUGGUUCUACUUCCCUGUAGACAUCGCAUCCUUUGCAGUGCCUGCUGUGAAAAGUGUAAGAAGUGUCCAAUUUGCCGAAUCUGUAUUGAGGAGCGCUUGCCGGUGUAUGAUGUUUAGGUUCUAACUUGUCCAGCCAUUUUGUAUUAUGGACAAGAAAAGCAUAGACAAGGAAAAAUAACUUUUAACAGGGAAGUUCUCUUUUUGGUGGUUCGCUGGAACUUCGACGACAAUGUGUGCAUGUUCAAAUUAACACGAGAAAGCAUUAGGCUACACAGAUAACACAGUUGCUAUACUUGCAUAUCAACACCUCUUUUUAUGUUGUUCCUAAAAAAAAUGUAAAUAAUUCCUGACUUUGAUAAGGUUUUGUUAUGCUGCAGAGAUGUAACAGAAAUAUAAGAGCUGUAUAUCAUACAAAAUGUAUAGCAAUAAGUGUGCAUACAUUCAGAGAUUGUACUGUAUGGUGUGUGCAACAAUACAUUAGCAUGACUCGGUAGCCAAUGAAGAUCCUUUUUCUUUUUUAA